GCAACCUUUUGCAUUUUUAUUUGUGUGUCACAAAUUUAAUUCCUGCACAAUCUUCAGAGCAGAGCUUAAACACAUUACAGUGAGGGAUGAUGGCUGUUUUCUCCAUCCUUGUCCUGCUGGCUCUUACAGAGGGAGCUACGGGGCUGUUCUACAGAAAACACAUUUUUGUCGCAUCUUCUAUGUCCUGGUCUAAUGCUCAGAAAUACUGCAGGGAAAAAUAUGUAGAUCUGUCAACUAUUGACUCACUUGCAGAAUAUGAGAGUUUUGUUCAACAAACAAAGGAAAAUAAAGAGGAAACAGCCUGGAUCGGCCUUAGUAACAAACCAAAUGAGACGACCUUUACACGCUGGUCUGAUGGAAGCAUGCUGGGGGAUACAGAGUGGAAAUCUGAGGAACCGAACUCUCCUGAAAUUGAAAACUGUGUGUAUACUUCUAAGAAUCAGUGGUAUGAUCAAGAUUGUGCAUUAUCUCUAGGCAUGUUUUGCUACAAGUGGGCACCUGAGAUGAUUGUGGUGCAGGGGUUGAAGAACUGGGAAGAGGCUCUGGUCGACUGCAGAACAAACUACACUCACCUGCUCAGCAUCACCUCAAAGACAGAUCAAUAUGCGGUCAACAGCAUGAUCAGGAAUAUUCAGACACCCACUUUCUGGACUGGUCUACGCUUCAUUGAUGGCUUAUGGUUCUGGGUGAACCAGACUGGGAAGACUCUGCCUUCAAUGCCUUCAUGUCCCAAAAAGCCUUUUCACUGUGGAGCACAAAACGUUCGAGCUGGUGUCUGGGAGAACAGAGACUGCAGCGAGAAAAUGAACUUCAUUUGCUACCGCGACAUUUGAAUCUCCCUAGAAUUCACUUCACUUUAAAGAUGAAGAGAUUUACUGCAAUCAAGACCUGCACAAGACGAUGAAGAAGCGAACGACAGAAAUUAUAAGCGUCAAUUAAUCAGCAAUGUAAUCUUGCAAACUGAAUUAUUAUUUUUUUAGAAUUAUAUUAGAAUUGUUACUUUAAUAGU